UCAAACUACCACUUCAUGUGUGCCAGGAAGAAGGAUUGUAGGUUCUUAAGUAAUAAAGAAGUCUAUUGCCAGCAGCACUCCUCUCUACCUGUUACCAGUGACACUGUUAAAGAUGAGGACAUGAGAGUUGACAGGUGUAUCAUUAUACACACUGAUAAUGACAGACCUGGGAGGAAGUUCACUAAAUCAUUUCCACCACAAAACAUUCAACUGAGAAUAGGAUCAUUAUUAAUACGUUCCGCUGGGUCCCUCUCUCCUCUCUCUGAUACAAUAUGUCCGUCACUUCUCAUCCCUCACAGUUUCUCCUCCUCCUCUCUCUUCUGGAGCCUGACCACGCCCACCCAAUGGAUCACCUACACUCUCACAGUAUCAGCCGAUCUUCCUAAGGAAGAGCCCCUCCCUCUAACCACACCUACCCCUGAAACCCCGCCCACUUCUCCAGGUGAUUUAAGAUGGCCAUGUGUCAGCACUCAAGUUAGUAGUGAUCCUGAUAGUGAGGGGGUGUGGUCAGCAGUGUCCUCUAAAAGUCAAAUAUUAUCAAGUCCGUCUCUAAUUAAUAAUAAUGUAACGGAUAAGUCUAAUCCUGAGAUUGCUUUGAGGAUAUUUCGUAUUCCAAAGAAGACUCGUUCCUCUUCCUCCUCUCCCCCUCCUACCCUCGCCAUUGGACUAACCAUCACCGCCCCCUCACCAGUAACCAGUGUCCAUUGUCCACAGUCACACAGAGAGGAGGAGACCAUUAGACCAGUGUUACCGUUAGACUCACCCGCUCUCAAUCAGUGGGAGACGGGGUUACCUCCUCAUAGUGUGAACAGUGUCCAGUAUGAGCUCAGCAAUGAGGAGGGGCAGUCAUGGAAGGGCCCUGAUCUUAAAGUAUUAUGGGAGUCAGUGGUUAGUGAGUUACAAGAUGCCAGACACAAACUAGACCUUCCCUUUGUCCCCUUCUUCCCUGAUAAUGUCUACAGUCAGUUUGGGCUCUCCAAUCAUCUCGUCCUCCAGCUCCUGGAGCAGUUACCUGAUCAUGAGAAAUGCUCCAGACACAAUUUCAUUUAUUACCAACCGGAGAAGGUGUCAAACUGGCAACAGAAGAGGGUGAUUGUUAAUAGAACUGGCUGUGCUAGAAGUGAAGGUUAUAAUGGUAUAAGGUCGGAGUCAGACAUGUUUAGUUUCCUAAUGUCCCAAUGGAGGCCUGAUCCUCCUAAACCAGAUCCAGAGAAGCUAAAAUCCCUUGUAAAUGCGGCUCCGCCCGUUGUAGAAAAACUCUAA